UCUCCUCUCCUCUCCUCUCCUCUCCUCUCCUCUCCUCUCUCCUCACUGCGUGUCGCGCGCAGGGGAGCUCCGUCAGAUGGAGACUCCGGAAAGUCUCGCGCAUUUCCGCGUCGAACUCCGCAUGAAUACGGUUCAUCCUGCGGAUACACAGUCACAUUUAUUUCACUUAUCGCUUCGUGCAGACGGCCGUCAGGUGGAUUUCAUCGCCGUGAUCGGUGUUCGUCAUGGCUCGUGAGCGGCGCGUGGAUUACACUCGACUCUGACGAGGCCUUGCCGAAGACUGGGGAGCAUGUAAGAAAUGAAGACAAAUAAUGAAAUGCAGAUUUAAAACUAUGACGAAUAGACAGGACACGUGACCCCCUGAAGGUAAAGCUUGAACCUUUUCUUUUUUUUAAAUGUUGCUUCUAUGUCAGUAUGUCACUAUCAGACUGCAAACAUGGGAGCAACCCCCAAACGGACCACACGUACAGCCUCCACAGCUUGCCCUUGAGCAAGGACUAUGGAAAAAGGCCGAUGAGGACAUUGUUUGACAUCAGGCGGUUAUCACUGACGAACCUGCGAAGCAUCUCAAAAGUCAAAGUGGUCAGCUUUCUGAUGGGCUUGACUCUGAUGUUCCUCAUCAUGGCUUCCCACGUCCUGACGUGGGACAGGAAAGGGCUUUUGCUCACCCCCUCACCCUUUCAGCCUAUCAGACAUGUGGUCGUCCCGACCGGCAAGGCGGCAGCCAAAGUUUUGUCUGAAAAUAAUUUAAUAGAUGUGAAGCUGCUGGUGAAAAUCAUCGGCUCCAGACUGGAAUACACACCCAGGAAGGUGCCCGAUGAAAAGGACGUCGUUGGAACUGCCUCCCAUAUGUUUUCUGUAAUUCCUCGCCAUUUCCUGCCCGGCGUCAAAAGCCCUUGCUGGUAUGAGGAGUUCUCCGGUGAGCUCAGCGCUGAUCCAUACAGGAGGAACCACUACGCCCUGCGCACAAAGAGCUUCAGGACUGUGUGUGACCACCUGAGGACCAGCUUCCGCCAGCACUUACACCACAGCGGUGGCGCACUGUUUCGUCUGCGCUGCUUGCCGUUCUUCUACAUCGUCGGCCAGCCGAAGUGCGGCACAACUGACUUGUUCUACAGGCUGCUGCUGCACCCGGAGGUCAAGUUCAACACGAUAAAGGAGCCACACUGGUGGACCAGGAAGCGCUUCGGUUAUAUACGUUUCAAAGAUGGCUUCCAGGAAACAUUUCCUGUGGAAGAUUACCUGGAUCUAUUUGACUUGGCAGCCCACAACAUCCAAAAAGGAAUCAGUGGAAAUUCAUCUGGAGACCACCGCGCACUCAUAACAGGUGAAGCCAGUGCAUCCACGAUGUGGGAUAACCAAGUCUGGAGCUACCUUCACAGAGACAUGGAGGAGACGGAGACACCGUUCCUGGCCCAGGACUUCAUCCACAAAGUCCAGCCCGGGGCCAAAAUCAUCAUCAUGCUUAGAGAUCCAGGAGAGAGACUUUAUUCUGACUACCUGUACUUUAAGAUGGCCAACAAGUCAACGGAGGACUUCCAUCAGAAGGUCGUAGAAUCUGUACAGUUGUUUCAGUCCUGCCUGUCUGAGAGGUCACUUCGAUCCUGCGCCUACAACACCAGCCUCUCCAACGCCAUGCCGGUGAGGCUACAUUUGGGGAUGUACGUUGUCUUCUUGCUGGACUGGCUGACAGUUUUCCAAAGCGAGCAGAUUCUAGUUCUUCGCCUCGAGGACUAUGCAGCCAACUUCAAAGUGACAAUCAAGAAAGUUUUUGAUUUUCUCAGAUUAAGUCCUCUGUCGGAGCAGGUGGAGGCAGCACUGUACAAACGGCCCAAAUCCAACACCCGGCGGACGGCAGACAGGAACCUGGGUCACAUGCUUCCAGCCACCAGUGACCUCCUCAGGGGAUUUCACCAACCCUUCAACCAUAAACUGGCCAGCGUGUUGGACAACAAGGCCUUCCACUGGAGUAAUGCACCUGAAGAGGCAUGAGCGUGCACGAGAAUGUGGAUGGCCGUGAAUGCACCACCAGAGCAAGAAGCUAAAGCAGCAAUGCCAAACGAUAUAAAUAAAUGUACAGUGGGAGAACUCAAAGGUUAUAACUGGGGUUAUAUGAAGGUCCGAAUAAGUACGGGUUUUGUUUGUAAUAUUUGUAUAUGCUCUUGAAAGAAUGUGAGUGACUCAUUGAGUCAAGAUGAUAAUAAUAAGAACAAUAAGCUGAAUUUGUGUUUUAUGUUUUUACAGGGUUGAACAAGACAUUUUUAUCACUGCUGAUUAAAAUCCACAAAAUGCAAUGCAAAUUCAUUAAUCUACACGUCUGGAUCAAGUUUGCAGUUAAUUUAUGCUCCAAAAGGCUGAGCUGAAUAUCAUGUGGUCAUGGUACUGUGGUUUGAUUUAGGCUUUUAUAAAAAAUAAAAAAAACCUCCUUUCCUCAGAUGACAGUCCUCCCUUGAAAGGGACACAAUAUUAUUGUAAUGACUUCACAAAUGACAAACAAUGUAAGUUGUCAAGGAACAUUUUGAAAGUCCAAAUAUUUCAAUACCAGAAGUUGAAGUUGAUGUGCUGGGAUUAGUCACAAGAGGGCACUCAAACUCAAUAUUGUAGUCGCUCAACACCCAAACACUCCACAGGCCUGCUGUGAUACAUGAAAAUACAGCCAUGGCUGUUUAAGCUUCCCCAUACUGAAUAAUUUCCUCUGUAAGUUAUGGGGAUUUCCUAUACAGUAUCAUGUAUGUAUGGUACAUAGAAAAAACCCAAAUACAGUGUAACCAAAGCAGGCGGAUGGAGUCCUGGGGUGAUUUAAUAUUUAUCGCAUGCAAUGAUACCUGAUGACCUGACUCCACCUUCCAGGAACCAGGCGGAACGCUGCAAUCAAAUUCCUCCAGGUGAUCAAAGACAAUUGGAUAUAUAAUUAGACGUAUUUGUAAUCAGUUUUAAUCCUAUUUAUUUAGAAAAUCACAUUGCAAUUCAAUGCGUAAAAAAAAUGUUGCACCCACAGAAAUGUACCUUACGGCCCACACUAUUCGUCUUAAUCGGAUUAAAUAUCCCAGCUGUGCUUAAUAAAGACUUUGGGAGCAUGAAUGUGUGUGGAAACCUGUUUUUAGAUAUGCAUUUUUCUUUUCUGUAAUUUACACUGAAAGCAAAACAAACUUGAUAUUGUAUCCAUAAACGAUCCAUAAUUAUUUAGUUGAUUUUAUCAUAUUGUGUAUGUUAUCAUGAUAUUGAUAACGUCGCGUGUCAUGCUUAUUCAAGCAUUGCUUGCAAAGCUUUCAUAAAAAUGAAAAUGCCACUGCCACGGAAAUAGUUAUCUGCUUGUGAAUUGUGAAUAAUACUUGUCAAUAUAUUGUUAUUAGGAGUUGGUUCAUCGAGAUAAGCAGCAGGUGGUGCCCAUUCUCCAGUUGUAAAACCACCACGGCAGAAGAAGAGUUGGACCUCAAACUCAAAUUGUGGAAAAACAAUGUAGAACUCCGUGUAAACAAGAAAUUUAUUUUUGUUUUUCAUGUAUUAGCCUGAUGGGUUACCCUAAACUAAAGGUUAUAUCAGAUCUGUAUGGAUUGAUGAGGAGCUGCUAUUUUCCGCCUCUAAUGUGCAGCAGAAGCUCCAGGUCACGUGCUUCAGGUAUACGUCAUCAUUUAUUUGCUCAUUCUGUUUUUAUUAUAUCAACUUUUCUACCUCAGCCGAGCAUGAGAACUUUCUCGCAAUACUUCAAAUGCUUUUUAAAUAAAAUUUCUUUUCAUGCACAAAUUAAACAUUUGCAUAAAAAUAGGCGAAC